GGUAACUCCGCAGUUACCAUGGAGCCGUGUUGAGUUACGCUGAGGUGGAAGGACGCCUAGGCUGCCCGGGAAGCUGCUGCGGGAAACAAUUCCUGAGCUCAAAUGAAUGAAUCUCUAAUGGUGGAAUUUCAGGCAUCAAUGGCAGGCUGAACCUGGACUCCCAGGGCCAAUGCUUACACCUGACCAAUGAUGGCCUGAACUAUGAGCAAACAGGACUCGGUGAACACGUCGGUGCAGGAGCCCCCUCUUGACUACUCCUUCCGAAGCAUCCACGUCAUCCAAGAUAUGAUAAGCGAGGAGCCAAGGGCAGGGCUACGACCACUGAAGCACUCCAAGUCGGGGAAGUCACUGACCCAGGCCCUGUGGCUGAAAAACAAUGUCCUCAAUGACCUGAAAGACUUCAGUCAGGUGGUUUCGCAGGUGAUAGAGCAUCCCGAGAACCUGGCCUGGAUCGACCUGUCCUUCAAUGACCUAACCUCCAUUGACCCAAUUCUGACAACUUUCUUCAACCUGAGCGUCCUCUAUCUCCAUGGCAACAGCAUCCACCGCCUGGGAGAAGUGAAUAAACUUGCUGUCCUCCCUCGGCUACGGAGCCUAACGCUCCAUGGGAACCCCAUUGAGGAAGAGAAGGGCUACAGCCCCCAGCCCGGGUCUUCCCCCACAGGCAAUAUGUACUAUGCACCCUGCCCCGAAUCACCACGUUCGACUUCAGCGGGGUCACCAAAGCCGACCGUGUCACUGCUGAAGUGUGGAAGAGCAUGAACAUCAAGCCCAAGAAGGUCCGAGUCAAACAAAAUCCGCUCUGAGGUGACCAUGACCCCAGCAGUGCUCAAGGCCUGAGUGUGGUUGGAUAAUAAAGAUUUUGAACUGUUCUGCAUAAUGUCACUUGUGUCAUGUAAACAUGUCUUCUGCCAUGGCUCUGGUGUUUCUUGAAGCAGGAGGCAGUGGUGAGAAAGGCAACAGAGCACUGGCCUGAAUUCAAAAUAGGCCUGGGUUAUCUGCACGGCCUGAGAAACAAAUCCCACCUCUCUGGUCUCUUCCUGAGACCUUAGCUCAGAGAGCCCAGGGUCAGCAAGUGAUUCCCAAAGCCACAAGCAUCAGGGUUCCGUGGUCAUGCCUCCAGGCCUUCCAUGUCAGAAGGCCAAGGACCCGGGUUUUCACCUCUGAAGCCCUCUGGCAUGAGAUCAGAGGAGCUCCACUCUCCGAAUUCUGCGAAAGACUUCACUGGCUGGGAAUAAUCCUCUGCUUGAAAACUUUCACUUGUUGACUUUUUAUUUGUUGUUCCUCGUUUGGUCUGAAUCCCUCCCACCUGCACCCCUGGCUUAUUGUUAAUUCCACUGAGCUUGAAGCAGGGCCCGGCAAAAGGGCAGCUGUCUCCCCCGGCUGGUUCAGUUUGAGCAGCGGUCACUGGAGAACAGACAAGCACAUUCCUUGGUGGCAGUGGGGUAAGUGUGUGUCGCCAGGUAUUGAAAUGCGGGACUCAACAAGCAGUGUUACACCAGUGAGCCACAUCCCUGGCCCCAGACCAGUUUAAUCAUCUGAU